UCUAUUUUAAUAAAAUCCCUUACAAUAUAACAAUCAUCAGGCAGUGCAAAUACAAAAUACAUCCAAAAUUUGAUAAGCUGUUACCAUUUUGCAAUGGCCACCAAUUUAAUCACUCAGCAAAAUGAGGAAUCGCAGCAGGAGUUCAUGAUAGAUUCCCCAAUUUUGAAUACAACCAAAAACGAGGACCUCAAGACGAAUUUCUCCACCGGUUCAGUUAUUGAUGAUAUCAUCUCCAGAUCCCUGGAAUCCCAGGCAGUUCCGAUAAUGAAGAAACCAUCAUCACGCAUCUCAUUUCGUGCUCUAUCUCACAUUAUAAUGAUGCUGAACAAGACUUUCAAGAAGGCAUCAUCAUACGAAAAUCAACUUUUGUACGUUCAACCGGAGGAUAUUGAUUGCAGGCGUUACCCAGAUGCAAUCAAAUACUACCAACGGGUCGUCGGUAUCCAAGCUAAACGCAUCAAAACUUUGGAGCAUGACCUUCGCAACCUGGUAAAUUUGGCCCGCGAAACCCAAAAAAUGCUGGCCGACAUUGCAACUGAGAAGAGGGUCACCGAGGAACGUGGUCAUGGCGAGCCUGCCAUUUAGAUUUUGCAUCAUUCCUACUUUCGAACUUUCAGUAGAAUCUUGCAUAAGUCAAGAGUUAUUAUAAUUUUAUUAUGGA